CGUUGGACUACGGUAUAUCAGAUUGUUGUCCAAAAGACAAUCUCUUCAACUGCCUAGGACAGUCGAUGUUGUCUGGAGCGUGGGCAGAGCCCGAUCAGGCUUCAGGAGGCGCAGAGCACACGUAAUCGCAGCGGUGUGACCAGCUCCAAACGACUGGAAAUUCAACAGGGGGUCCGAACAGUGUGGCCUCUUCAUUGACCACUGUACCACCACCAUCAGGCACUCUCCGAGCUGUCCAGGGACUAAUGCAGGCGCGCAGUCAAAGCAGAGUGAAUCUGGAACGAGGGUUCCUGAGGCAACAUCGCAGCAGAAAUCAGUGCUCAGAGACUACACUCCAGCCACUGUUGUGACUUGGCAUUGGCGGUUCACUGCUUUCCAUGAUGCAGUCAAGCGCUGCAAGAGUGGCUGUGCAGCUGCCGCCAUUUGAAAACUUAUGUAAAAGUAGCGACGUUCGCCGAAGCGGUCCCGGAACGCAAGCUUACGUGCCUCGUCUGCGACAAGCACCGCGCAGACUUAGCCAGUUCAGUCCCCCUGCAUUUUUCGGGCGCCUCCAUCCAAACUCAAAUGCAGACCUGCUGAGGCCCAUGGCGGCUGAUUCUUCCCACAUCUCCGCUGCAUCGGUCCAGUCGAGCCCCUUGGCAGACCAAGCAGCGGGCCCCUCGGUGCCACCAGAGUUUGUGGAGUUGGCCCACACGCUGGCGGACGCUGCGGGGGAGAUCACGCGGCGCUACUUCCGUACUGGCAUCAACGUGGAGAGCAAGGCUGAUGCCAGCCCUGUGACGCAGGCGGACCGAGCAGCAGAAGCAGCCAUGCGUGCACUGAUACACCAGCACUUCCCACACCAUGGAGUAUUCGGGGAGGAAGCGGGGCUGGAGUUGGGGGCAGGAAGCGGGGAGAACGUGUGGGUGCUGGACCCAAUUGACGGGACCAAGAGCUUCAUCACGGGCAAGCCCCUGUUUGGCACGCUCAUUGCGCUGGUCCACCGCGGCGUUCCCGUGGUGGGCGUGAUCGACCAGCCGGUGCUGCGCGAGCGCUGGCUGGGCGUGGCCGGCACCGCCACCACGCUCAACGGCACACCCAUUAGGGCGAGGCCCUGUGACGACAUCGCUGAUGCAUACAUGUACUCCACGACGCCCCACAUGUUCGAAGGCCGGACGGAAGAGGCCUGGUUACGGGUGCGGGAUGCGGUCCGCCUCCCGCUCUAUGGCUGCGACUGCUACGCGUACGGCCUGCUGGCGGCGGGGCACUGCGACCUCGUCGUCGAGGCGGACCUCAAGCCUUACGAUUACCUAGCAUUGGUGCCCGUGAUCGAGGGCGCCGGAGGCUUUAUCACGGAUUGGGCCGGCGCGCCUCUGACGUGGGACGCUCUCGAGUAUGCACAAGAGCCGGGUGCAGUUCCGACCUCGCAUGAGGUUGUUGCCGCUGGGGACAGGGGGGUCCUUGCCCAAGUCCUGGAGAAACUAGAUUGGAAAGACCAAGAACAACAUGGGAUGAUGGGUCUAAGUUGAAUUGUUUGGUCGAUCCCGGCUGACUAUGAAGGACAUUUUUUACCCCUAUGUGUUAUCGUUGCAUCAUUGCCUUAUUGCAUGUCGUUAAUAUUGUUUUAUGUCCGUGGC